AUGGAGCGAAAAUUCCUCGAAAACCCUUAUUCUCCGACGUCUCAGCCGCCGCCUGAAAAUAUUUUGAGUCCAACUCGCCGCUUCUUAUACCCCAUCGAAAUCCAGCCGCAGUCCCCUUUCAUUUCAAACUUAGCCGAUCAAAUUCAAGACAUUGAUUCAGCCUUUUCAAAACUCGCCUUCUCCCCCGAGCCGCCUCGAUUCAAUGCCCAAACGCCGUCGUUUCUGGGUCUUCCCUACAUCCACGAUGAUGAUACAAAUCCUUUCCGAGAGCCACAGCAGUCUUCAUUUUGGGCUGAGUCUCAGAGUAUCAACGAUGGGCUUUCUGGUCGCUUUGGAGCCCACCAGAAAAUCAAUGUGGGCCCAGACGCAAUGGGUUUUUGUGGGAAAUAUGGCGAUCCCAGAUUGUUGAAAUCUCUUCACCGGCAGGAUUGUUUUUACGACAGUGGGUGUGAUUAUUAUGACUACUCUUCCUUGCAUGGCAAGGAACAAUUUGUUUCAAGAAAAGCUACCAGCUUUUAUCCAAUUUCGCCAUUUGUUCAACAGAGCAAUCUGGUCAGGCCCAGGCCUUCUCCGGAGAUUCUCAGAAGCAAAAUAGUCUCAUUGGCCAAUGAUCAAAUGUGGUGUGGUGCACUGAGCCUUAAAGUGGAGGAGGAGGAGGGUUUGAGUGAGAGAGAGAUUGAGGUGGUGUUGCCGCAGGUGAUUGAGCAUUUGUGUGACCUGAUGAGGAAUCAGUUUGGGAGCCAUUUCGUUUACAAGUUUUUUGUUGCUUGCAAUGAGGAUCAGAGGACCAACAUCAUUAUCGCCCUUACAAGAUCUCCAUUUAAGCUCAUUAGCAUUUGUCUCAAUUCCUAUGGGGCUAGAUCUGUGCAGAAAAUAUUGGAGAAGCUGAUUACGCCUCAGCAAAUAGCGUUGGUAGUGUCUGCUUUAAGCCCUGGUGCUAUUACCCUUGCCAAUGAUCCAAGUGGUCAUCAUGUUAUACAAUACUGUGUUAGAAACUUCCCAGGGGAAUAUAAUAAGCAUCUUUUCAACGAGAUAGCAGAUAACUGUUUCAAAAUUGCAACCAACAAAAGUGGGUGCUGUGUAUUACCCCCAUGCGUGGAGUACUCUCAUGGAGAAGCUAGAGAACGAUUGGUUAGGGAGAUAAUAGCAAACGCUGUGCACCUCGCUGAAGAUCCUUAUGGCAACUAUGUGGUGCAACACCUGCUUGGACUGGACAUGCAAGAAGUUACAGCAGAUCUUGUGAGACGGUUGCAGGGGUCGUUUGUGUCUCUCUCAUGCAAUAAGUAUGCCAGUAAUGUUGUGGAAAAGCUUAUGCUGGAGUCAGAAGAAAAUCAUUCGGACGCAAUUAUCAUGGAGCUGCUGACGAGCCCUAAUGCCUCUAUGCUUCUCCUCGACCCUUUUGGAAAUUUUGUCAUUCAGUCGGCAUUAUCAGCAUCCAAGGGGCACAUCCAUGACGCAUUGCUUAAUUUAAUCCAAGCAAAUGCGCCGUCCAUGCAGAGCAACCUUUAUGGUAAAAAAAUCCUUGCUUGGUUCGCAAAAAGGAAGCUCCGCGGUGCGUAG